AUGUAUGAAGUCGUUACACUCUGGAUAUGUGAAGAAGCUAAUAAACAUCAUUGCCGAGAGUGGCGGUCUAUUUGUCGUUACAAUUGUGGUAUUAUUCAUCGUGAUUUACGUCCACAAAAUUUAAUGAAGGAUACAUAUGAAAAUUUAAAAUUAAUUGAUUUUGGUUUUGCAAAAAGUUAUGAAAAGAAUGAAAUAACAAAAAGAUUACCUAUUCAAGGUACAAUUUCAUAUGGUGGUUUAAAAUUUUUAAAGUAUUAUUUACAAUUUCCAUUUAAUGCAUUACCACCUGUGCCAUAUGAGUAUGAAUAUGAACGUACAUUUGAUUUACAAUGUGCAUUAAAUAUAAUUAUGUUUAUGACAAAUAAGGAAAUAAAAAGUCAAAUGAUUUCAUUUAAAAGGUUUCAAUAUCUUCAAGAAAUAGCAUCAAAAUCAUAUCAAUUAUGGUUGAAUUUUAGAAAAAAUAAUGGAAAUUAUUCUUAUAUAUUAACUUUAAUUGACAAUGUAACAAAAUCUGAUGAUUUUGAUACUAUAAAAGAUGAAAUAGGAAAAUUUCCAAUAUGCAACAAUCAAAAUACAAUGUUAUAA